ACAACGGAUCAAACGUACAAGACAUUGACGAGACGGAUGAUAACGAAUCCUCGUGCCCCGAAGAGAAACCUUCAGAGGUAAUUCUAGAUAUCAUCUAAACGGCCAUGUCACACAAGGCUUUCGUGCAGCUUGCAAUGCAUUUUUUUUUCAAAUACGAAAAUAUUUCUGCAGGUUGCAGGCAAUCGCCUCGUGUGACGCGGCCUUAAGAUCAGACAUGUGUUUUGAAAAUAUAAUAUACGUCGCUUCUGACCUCCUUUUGCAGGCUAAAGCGAAUGGUUUAUUAAUUACUACUGGAUUGAAAAGACGGAAGGAAUCGACAACGGAUGUAAGUGCAGACAUAUCCCAGUGGGAUAAACUAGGGGAUGAUGAUUUAAAUACUAAAAUAGUCCUGCAGAUUUUUAUUGUGAUUUCAAUAUUUCUAGGAAUCCGCUGGUGAAGAAGCUAUCAAGAAAGUGAGGUCGUUAAAAUCCGCAGAACAGGUCUAA